UUUGUCCUGGUGACGUCACGGGCGUCGAUGACGUACCGCCUGCCCAGUCCGCUCCAGCAGCAGAAGAAGAAGAAGAAGAAGAAGACGAAGCCGCGGCGGCUUUUAGCGCUUCGUUCGGCUCCAGGAGACGAAGCGUCCGGUCCGAGCCGCGCUCCCCGCCUCGUGUCCCGGGGGGAAAGUUGUCUGCGGGGUCUCAGCCGCGUUUUUGAAGCUUUUCCGGCGCGUUCAGACCUGACCCGCGGCGCCAUGACCGAGUUCCAGGAGAAGCUCCGGCAGCAGCAAGAGGAGUCGAUGCACCGCGAGCUGGAGGCGCUGCUCGCCACCGCCGGCAAGGCCGAGGCCGAGAUCUCCAGGAAAGAUUUCGAUGGCUUCAAGAAGCUCUUCCACAGAUUCCUGCAGGUCAAAGGUCCCGCAGUCGACUGGGCCAAGAUCACCCGGCCGCCGGAGGACUCGAUCCGCCCCUACGAGAAGAUCCGGACGGAGGGUCUCCCCGACAACAUCAGCGCCGGCCUCAACAAGCUGGCCGUGGUGAAGCUGAACGGCGGCCUGGGGACCAGCAUGGGCUGCAAGGGCCCCAAGAGCCUGAUCAGCGUGCGCAGCGAGAACACCUUCCUGGACCUGACGGUGCAGCAGAUCGAGCACCUGAACAAAACCUUCAACGCCGACGUGCCGCUGGUCCUCAUGAACUCCUUCAACACGGACGAGGACACCAAGAAGAUCCUGCAGAAGUACAAACACCACCGGGUGAACAUCCGCACCUUCAACCAGAGCCGCUACCCGCGGAUCAACAAGGACUCGCUGCUGCCCAUCGCCAGGGACAUGGCGCCGGGCGGCGGCGGCGACGUCGGGGAGGCCUGGUACCCGCCGGGCCACGGCGACAUCUACGCCAGCUUCGCCAACUGCGGCCUGCUGGACGCGCUGCUGGCCGAGGGCAAGGAGUACGUCUUCGUGUCCAACAUCGACAACCUGGGCGCCACCGUGGACCUCUUCAUCCUGCACCACCUGAUGAGCCAGCCGGCCGACCGCCGCUGCGAGUUCAUCAUGGAGGUCACCGACAAGACGCGGGCCGACGUCAAGGGCGGCACGCUGAUCCAGUACGAGGACCACCUGAGGCUGCUGGAGAUCGCGCAGGUGCCGAAGGCGCACGUCGACGAGUUCAAGUCCGUCACCAAGUUCAAGAUCUUCAACACCAACAACCUGUGGAUCUCGCUGCCCGCCAUCAAGAGGCUGCAGGAGAAGAACGCCAUGGACCUGGAGAUCAUCGUCAACCCCAAGACGCUGGACGGCGGGCUGAACGUCAUCCAGCUGGAGACGGCCGUGGGCGCCGCCAUCAAGAGCUUCAAGAACGCCAUGGGCGUGAACGUGCCGCGCAGCCGCUUCCUGCCGGUGAAGACGUCGUCCGACCUGCUGCUGGUGAUGUCCAACCUGUACAGCAUGGACGCCGGCUCGCUCACCAUGAGCAAGAGGAGGGAGUUCCCCAGCACGCCGCACGUCAAGCUGGGCGGCUCCUUCACCAAGGUGCAGGAGUUCUUGUCCCGGUUUGAGAACAUCCCGGACAUGUUGGAGCUCGACCACCUCACCGUGUCCGGAGACGUCACCUUCGGCAAAAACGUCUCUCUGAAGGGAACCGUCAUCAUCAUCGCCAACCACGGGGACCGGAUCGAUAUUCCCGCCGGGGCGAUGCUGGAGAACAAGAUCGUCUCAGGGAACCUGCGCAUCCUCGACCACUGAUGCAUGCUGGGAAAACAUUAUUUUAAGUACAUGUACCACUCACAACACAAUGUUGCGGAUGAGCGAUCUGACUGUACCAAGAUGGCCGCCAUCUGCGGACGUAAGACAUGUAGCCUAAUUUAUAUAUAUAUAAUUAUAUAUUGCACCUUGAAGAUUCCGAUGAACUGUCAGUUUUCAAUGUAUUGCUGACCGCGGAAGGGUCAAAGGUCAACCUGCUGCUCUGAACUCAUUACUGCAACCAAUCGCUGCAAAGCCUGAAGCCCGACUCUAAAAUUAGGUUUGUGGAUUUUAAUAUUGUUUUGAAAUGGAGCUAAAUUUAUCGUCAUGAUGGUUGAAAAUAGUUGGUUUCCAAAAUAAAUCAUGGUUUUUCAUGCAGGUGUGCACAUAUACACAGUGUGUACAUGUACACAGGAUUCCUGAAGUCAAUGUUUCUGUUCAACUUUGCCAAAAACAGCUGGGUUUGUAAUAAAGACCUUCACAUUAAAACACGUUUCCACUAGCUCGCGAUCUGAGUAACAGUUCAAUGAAGAGAACCAAUCGUGUUCCAAUUUAACACAGCUUCCUGUUUCAGAAUAAAGCAGCAUUUUAUUCAUA